AUGUCGCUCCUCAAGACCCCUCCAAAAGCACUCGAUGAGCGCACCAACGCAAUUGCGAGUCUCCAUUCUCCUUCAAUGAGGACAAACAAUGACAGAGAGGGGGAACUUAAAUUCAAUCACCGCUCUCACUCCGCAAGUAGUGGUCUAUCGGAAGCGCGUUCGCCCAAGAAGCGCGAUUCCAAAUUCUCGGUUUGCACAGGGGGCUCGGUGAGGAGCCACCAGGAGUACUUGGACACGCUGGAGGUGCCGACCAGCGAGAUGGUGGAGCGGAUCACGGCAAUUCAGGAGAGGAAGGAGGCGGAGAUUAGGAAGAAGCGGGUGCCGAACGAGGGCGGGGAGGUUGGGGAGACAGAUAGGGCGGAGAGGGAGAGGGCUGCGAAUCUGAUACAGAGGAGCUAUCGCGGACAUCGAGAACGCAGGAUCAUGGCUGGACUCUCCCUCGAUCCGACGACGCGAUGGCUCGAGGCGGUCAAGGAAGCGCAGUACCGGAACCUGACCACACCGCGGGCGAAGAGGGAGGUGCAGGAGACUACUGGGGAGGAUGUUCAGGCGAGGAGUGUGCAUAGUGGAGGGACCAUCAACUACGCACGGCAGAACUGGAAGAAGAUUGGUCUCAUCACACGGAGGGCUGGGGGAGACGAGGAGUCCGAUAGUGAGGGGAGUGGGGAUGAUGCAAAUACGCCGGAGCAUGAAAGGGAGGAGCGGAGGAAGCGGGAGAUGGAGGCGAAGCUCAAGCGACGGCAGGCUGCAAAGAUUAUGGACCUGCAGUACUUCUUGGAAAUGGUGGAUGUCAAGCAUCGAUAUGGGAGCAAUCUGAGGAUCUAUCACGAGGAGUGGAAGAGGGCCGACACGAAAGAGAACUUCUUUUACUGGUUGGAUUACGGGGAGGGGAGGUUUAUUAACUGCCAGGGAUGCCCGAGAGAGAGGCUGGACAGGGAACAAGUUAGAUAUCUGUCGAAAGAAGAGAGAUUGGACUACUUGGUCAAGAUUGACAAGGAGGGGAGGCUAUGUUGGGCGAAGAAUGGAGCCCGGAUUGAUACGACAGAGGAGUACAAGGACUCCAUGAAUGGAAUCGUCCCAGCCACGGAGAACGCACCCGUUUUUCGACCUGCCGAUGCAUUCAAUAGCUUUCAGGACCACCCAAGUUUGUCGUCUUCCACGGAGUCUGAAGAGGAGAUCGACAAACGGGCGGAUAGAUAUGCCACCCCUGAAGUCGACAAGGCGAAAGGAGUGAAAAAAGUUUCCCGUAUUUCCGCUGCAACUAUUGUCGAUAAGCUGCUUCGAGGCUCAGUCAAGAAUAACACUUGGAUCUUCGUCGCGGAUACUUCUUUCCGGCUCUACGUUGGCAUCAAGCAAUCAGGUGCUUUCCAGCACUCCUCAUUCUUGCACGGCUCUCGCAUCUCCGCCGCCGGAUCUAUCACAAUAAAAAAUGGCCGGCUCUCUAAAUUGAGCCCACUUAGUGGUCAUUACAGACCACCUGUUUCAAACUUUAAAGCCUUUACCCACUCCUUGAAAGAGGCUGGCGUGGACAUGAGCCAUGUCUCGAUAUCUCGAUCCUAUGCAGUGCUCGUCGGAUUGGAAGCCUAUGUCAAGACACGGCGGCGAGGGAAAAGUUUGAUGCAGAAGCUCAUGCAAGGGAAAGACAAGAUCCUCUCCCGUGAGGAUCUGGCUGAGCGAGAAGAAGCACAACGGCACAAGAGGGAGAGUGCAGCCAAGGAGCAGAGACUCCCGGAACACAAGCGGGAAACCGACAAAGACAACCAAAAUGCGAGGCUUUUGGAGAAGAUGCACCUAACACAUACGCAGGUACCUGACCCCGGGAUGCGAGAUGUAAGGGCGAACGGGGUAAAGGAUUCUGAUAUUCAGGUUGCCAGGACAGGUCCGGAGAACGCUAUUGCGUCUGAGGGGAGGAGGGAUGCAUAA